CGGAUAAUCUCGGAGCUCAUGGGCUAGCUGGAUUUGUAGAGAAUUUUUCAGGAAAAUAUUUCUGUCGAUUCUGUACAGCUCAGCUUUCUGACAUCCAGACUCAGGAAGUAAAAACAGGAGUUUUUCAGCGCAGAACCAAGGAAGUUCACCAGCUCCACAUCAAAACAGCUCAAGAAAAGGGGAUAAGCUGCUUUGGGAAUGAACACAAGAUGUCUGCAUCACUGAGAGUUUUACUUGGAGUGGACAACGCAUUAAAACUAACUCUGCCCAAUGGGAUGCCGGAUUCAGUACAGGCUCUCAAAGAAGAUAUUAAAAGACAAUUCAGCUUGACUGGAAAUUUCAGACUGCAGUAUAGAGACAUUGAAUUUGACAAUGAGUUUGUGAACUUGACAGAGAUCUCAGAAAUCAAAGACAAGAGCACUGUUAAAGUCAUUUACUUAACAGAUGAGUCAGACACAACCACAUAUCAACCUGGUUCACAGUGGUUAGAUGACAGUUCUUUGUCCACAGCAUCAGACACAGAUAUACUUUCCUCCGCCGAAUCCACAUCUUCAGGUUCUUCCCUUAGGUCACAGCCAUGGCCCCAAAAUUUCCAGAUACCUCAGUUUAAUUAUGAGGUACAGAUUCAGUUGGAAAGGGCCAACCAAGCCUUGCUGAACAGUGGUACUCUUUUGAGUCCAAGUCCCAAAGUAAAGUCAGAUAUACUUGAUGGUUUGGCAUCAGAAAUUGUCAAAUACAAAGUGUACCCUUCAAGUUCAGAGUUCGAUGAUGUCGCCCAGGCCCUGAUAACAAAGUAUCCUUGUUUAAAAGAGCAGGGAUCAGUUACCGGCUUAUAUGGAUGGAAAAUUAGUUUGAAGUAUAAAAUGGCAAACUACCGCACAAGACUGAGGAACAUUGGCUGCCCAGAGUUGAGCAUAAAUGCCAUAAAAGAGAAGCGAGGUGCCAUGGGUCAAGGUCCAAACCAGGUGAAGAAGCCAAAGAAAGCAGAGGUCAACUUCUGUCCUGAUUACCCAGCAGGUGAAACCAAAGAAAGCCUUGAAAAGGAAAGGGAAGCACUUACAUUAGAGGUGAAGAAGAAGAACAACCAUCAGCUAAUCAACAGUAAAAUGGAGAAAACCUUCGCCCAUAGGAGACGAGAAGUAAUUGAAGAUAUGCCCUUCAUAGCAGAGUUUAAAAACAGAUGGCCAGCCCUGUUUUCUAAGAAUCAGGUAGAUGCGGAGUUCGCCGGCAUUACAACAGUCCCCCUGCUGUCAACCUUUAUGGCUCAACUGGAUCAUCACUCCAGCCAACUGAUGAAGGUUUUCAAAAAGAAGGGAGGGGCAGCAGGACGCAGAAUUAACCAGAUCAUGGCAGCCAUGGAUCAGAAUCCAAGCAUUGAAGUAAGACGGGAAUGCAUACUGAAAGCAUUAUGCAUCUACUUAAAUGAAGAUCCUUACAACCUUAUUAAGAAGUACAUGGAUGUUGAUGUAGGUGCAGAGAGAGAAAUGGAGAAAGUGGUUUUGGGAAUCUACGCUGUGGAACAAGAGGGAGUAGAAGCAACAGAUCCACUUGAGGAUGUUGGCCUCAUCGUGGAAGGAUGUACGGUGCUGCAAGACCUCAGAGAUGUGGCAAAUGGCUGCGCAGCCCUGUUUGGCUUGAUCUACUGUUUAAAUUUGAGCUAUCCCAAGGACCUGCGAUACACUUUUGAGUUUCUUCAAAAAGUGGUGAUGGGAUUGGAUGGGAACAAGCUCUCCACUAAGGUGCAAGUCCUCAAAAACAAACUGCAUGAGUAAAUUGCCAUCAAGACUGUAGAUAAGAACUGGACUUGGAUUGGAUCCCUGUUGAUUCUUACUCAAGAGAUAAAGUGCUGGACUCAACUGUCAAGUUUCAAGACUUUUUUUUUUUUUUUUGUUGGUUUGUAAUUGUGUUAUUUGACAUUUUCGCCUUUGGUACAUUUUUACAAAAAUGAUGGAGUUGGAAUUCAUGAAGGUAAAAGUAAGAUGGCCUGCAGUAAAUCUUACCUGACACUCAGAUUGAAGCAUGGUCAUGAUGGUCAGAGACACUCAUAUCCAUGCACAUACUAUGAAUGCGGAGGUGCAAACAGUGCUCUGAGACUGUAUCUACGAGGUACCAGUUAGCCUACUAAAACACUACAAAUUGAAGCAUUAUCAUUAUGGUCAGAGACACUCAUGUCCAUACACAUACUAUGAAUGUCCAUACUCAUUCAAAACAUGGAAUGCUCUUAAAACUCAUUUGAAUUCUCAAAGUGUUAGGUGCUACAAGUGCAGAACUAGGAGUUUUUACAUGCCCUUUGUGCCCUGGAAGUGAAAUGCCAUCUAGUAGAGAGUACUUUUCUCACAUCAACAAUCAUCUGAAGUGUCAUGAAACAGUAACUUGUGUGUUUCAAACUUAUAUACUUAUAAAUCGCAUAAGAAUAGGAAGCAUCCACACUGCACAGUUAAAGACUUUAAAGUUGAAGUAGUGAAUGGUGGUAAUGUAAAUGGUGAUGACUAUGCAUCUGAAGAAACAUCUUGGAGAAACUGCUUCAGAUUUAGAUUGUCAUAAUUUGAUUGAAACUGACACACCAAAUGAGAACUUGCAAGAAACAAUCAUUCAAAAAAUAGCAACUGUUCUUUUGAAAUUAGAGGUUUUUUCAUGUGCAAUGUUCAGCAGUUGAUGGCUUGCUUGAGGAGUUACAUUUCAUUUUGACCUCAGCAGCGCUGCCUAUAUCACACAGCACAGCUUUUGACAUUUUCAGUAAACAUAACCUCCAGGUUGUAGUUAACCAAAUGUUAAAGUUAUCUAUAAAACUUAGAUGGUUCAACAAAUGUGGAUUUAAUUAGGUGUGGGGGUAAAAGAGUAACAUGAUAUAUCUGUACUCUUUGUUUUUAUUUCAUAAGUAUAUUUAAAUUUUUUGUGAAUGUGUGUGUAUACUCUACACAUACACAAUUAUACACGUUAUGUAUAACAGUCCCACUGUUUCCUAAUGUUUCCAGAGACAUUUUCAGUAAACAUAACCUCCAGGUUGACCAGUUUGUAUUUAACCAAAUGUUUGAGUUAUCUAUAAAACUUAGAUGGUUCAACAAAUUGUGGAUUUAAUCAGGUGUGGGGUUAAAAGAGUAACAUGAUAUAUCUAUACUCUUUAUUUAUUUUUAUUUCAGUUUUUGUGAAUGUGUGUGUAUACUGUACACAUACACAAUUAUACACGUUAUGUGUAA